AUGCACAGUCUACAAGUUCCUUUGAACUCAUUUCAAAUGCGCACCAGUAGCUUAAGUCAUCGCAAACAGUUACAUCGAGCUUCAGUGGUGAAUGACAAAGUUCCCAGACAAUAUUUUGGAGACGAAGAGUCUUUUAAAGCAUGUGACAUUAGUAAAAAUCCUGACACAAAACAUCCGAGGAAACUUAACUUGGCUCCAAUAAAGACAGCUCUAAAGAUGAGAGAAAUAAAACCUAGUAAGUCAGGUUGAGUUAUUAUUCGUACAAUCGGGAUUUCUUAAAGUGGUUUGGUCGAAGCCUACAACCUUCUGAACUAUGUAACCAAGAAGUGAAAGACCUGAGUGACUCAAAAGCGUUGCUUUUCAUGAAGGAGGUUCCUGAAACAUAAGAGACCUCUGGAUAUUGUCAAAACCUGAAAAAAAUUCAAAGCAAUCAAGCUUACCAAGUCUCCAUUAGUGAGAAGGCAGCCUCCUGUUGUCUCCAACUUCGUCAGUCCUUUCAGAAUCAGGAAGAGUCCCCAGCCGAUUGAACAGGAUGCUGGUGAACAGGAUGCUGGUGAACAGGAUGCUGGUGAACAGGACUCUCGGCUUAAAGUGUUCAAGCUAUACACGAGACUGAAUUGGGACAACUCCAGAAUCAGCAGGUGCACGUCCCCCAGGGUCAGGAAGGAUCGCUUCACCAGCUUUUAAGUGAUUGGGCCUAGGUUAAGACAUAUACAUGGAGCCUAAUAUUUAUGUUGGAGUCAACACCUAUAAUACAUUCAAUG